AUGAAGAAGCCCGCGCAACAUACCCACGGACACGACCAUGACCACUCUCACGGCGGUAUCUUCCACACGCACGCGCACGACCACAGUGAGGGCGCCGAGCAGCUCAUCACGGCACUGAAGUCGGGCAAAAUCGACCGCGGAACGCGGAUCACGUUACUCGGUCUCGCUUCGAAUGUCGGUCUGACUAUCGCGAAGGGAGUCGCAGGACUGGCGAUGAACUCGGCCUCGCUGCUCGCCGAGGCAGGCCACUCCCUCUCCGACCUGCUGGGCGACUUUGUGACGCUCGCGACGUGGCGUAUCUCGCGUAAGCCGCCCGACGACAAGUUCCCCUUCGGCUACGCCAAGUUCGAGACGUUUGGCACGCUCGCUGUAUCGGUGAUUCUCAUCGGCGGCGCGAUCGGCAUCGGACUGCACUCCUACCACCUCCUGCUCCAGACGCUCAUGCCGUACCUUGAGAGUCUGCCUGCGGACUCGACGCUGGCAGGUCUGAAGAACUGGCUGCCCAACAGUGUGCCCAGCCCUCUGCUGGAGAUGUUCCACAACCACGGAGCUGCCGGGCACGACCACGGUGCCGAGGGACAUGUGCACGCCGCGACGGAGCCGGGCGCGAUCCUGAACCCGCAUGCGGCGUGGUUCGCCCUCGCCUCGGUUGUGAUCAAGGAGUGGCUCUACCAGGCGACGAACAAGGUGGCCAAGGAAGAGAACUCGCCUGUUCUCCGUGCGAACGCGCUGCACCACCGCGCCGACGCUCUCACGUCACUCGUCGCGCUGACCUCGAUUCUCGGCUCAAGCUUCACGAGCUACCACUGGCUCGACCCCGUGGGCGGUAUCGCCGUCUCCUUCUUCAUCCUGCAGCAGGGUCUGUCGCUCUCGAAGCAGGCGUUUAUGGAGCUGCUCGACGUCGGUAUCGACGCCAAGACCAAGAAGAGCAUAGAGGGAACGAUCGGCGACCUCGUCGACGGCAAGAACCUGAUCGCGUGCCGCAACGUGCGUGGAACCAGGAGUGGAGGACAGAUGAUGCUCGACCUCACCAUUGUGGUGCCGCCCGAGAUGAGCGUGGCCAAGUCGCACGCCAUCGAGCUCUCCGUCCGCGACCGGAUUAUGAACUCCCGCACUGAUACGCGUGAAGUCAAGGUCCACGUUCACGGAGCUGGAGAGAACGACGGCCCCAAUGGACCGUUCGGCAGUCCGGCGUCGACGAACGGAAACGGCAUCAACAACGACUUCUCUAGACAUGGGUGCUGA